AUGGCUGCCUCCAUAGAUCAACAAACUAAUGCCAUUUGUGAUCGAUUUAAAAUCCAAUCGCUAACAGAAAAACAAUACAAAACUAUAACGGCUAUAGAAAAUGGAAAAGACGUGUUUACGAGCACCAAAACCGGUAGUGGAAAAUCGCUAAGCUACGAAUACUUCCCAGUCCUGCACCCAGGAAAAUGCGUGUUGAUCAUAGCCCCUCUGAUUAGUAUUAUGAAAGAGCAGUGCGAAAAAUUGCAAAAUCUGGGCUUUAAGGCGUCAUACAUUGGAAAAGACUUACAAGAUACAGAUUUACUUGAACAGGGCUUGUAUGAUUUUGUGUUUGGAAGCCCUGAGGUCUUCCUCAAUAACAGCAAGUGGAGAACUAUGUUGAAGUCGGACAUCUACCAGAUUAAGUUGCAGUUAAUAGCAGUUGAUGAAGCUCAUACGGUUACACAAUGGGGAGAAGGAGACAAAGAAGAGGAGCCCUUCAGAGAGGCAUUUGCUCACAUUGGAGAAUUGAGAUCACUGUGCCCCAAAGCAUCUUUACUUGCCCUUACUGCAACAUCUGGGCCAAGUCAACGAAGGAAAGCCGAGGACUCUGAAGUAGAGUCUGAUUGA